AUGUCCGGCCCUCCGUCAGUCCUCACCGAAGACGAGAUCACCACCUUCCUCUCCCACAUUGGCCUUCCCCAGCACCUGCACCAAUACCGCUACAGCGCCAACCCAGAAACCGACAUCCACUUCCUCACCCAACUAACAAUCCACACAAUCUCCACCCUCCCCUACGAAAACUUAGCAAUCCAUUACUCCCCCUCCCACACACCACUCAUCGUACCGCGUGCUGCUUACAACAAGAUGGUGGUCAACGCCCGCGGUCGUGGCGGCUACUGCAUGGAAAACAGCCUCCUCUUCAACCACAUCCUCCGCGGCCUGAAAUUCCCCGUCUACACAGCGCCUGUACGAACCAAGCCCCGGAUCGAUGGGAUUCCGCAGGGCGAAUACGCUGGAGCUCAACAUCUCGUCAACAUCGUUACCCUCUCCGAUGGCUCGAAAUGGAUGCUCGAUGUAGGAUUCGGUGGUGAUGGAGCCACUGCACCGAUCCCUUUGAUUGAUUGUGCUGGAACGGAGAGGACGUAUCGGAGUCUUGGAACACAGGAGAAUCGUCUAGUCCGAGACUGGAUCCCCGGCCAAGCGUUACGGACGGAGGCGAGUAAGCUGUGGAUCUAUCAAUACCGAAACGGGGCAGAGAAAGCUUGGAAUGCAUUCUACGCCUUUGGGGAAUAUGAAUCUGUCGAGAGAGACUUCGUGGUAGUGAACUGGUUCACGGGUAGUAGUCCGGAAAGUUUCCAGACGAAGAUGGUGAUUGUUGUGAAGUUUCUGAGGAGGGAGAGGGAAGAUGGGAGUGGUGAUGCGGAGAUUUAUGGCAAGAGGAUGCUGGUUGAUCAUGUUGUGAAGGAGAAUCUGGGUAGGAAGACGAAGAUUGUGAAGGAGUGUAGGACGGAGGCGGAGAGGGUUGAGGCGUUGGAGGAGUGGUUUGGGAUACGAUUGACGGCGGAAGAGGCGGCUGCUAUCAAAGGGUGGAGUACUGAGAUUGGGGGUGAUGGGACGAGGUUGCGAAAGGGGGCGCAGAGCUUUGAUAACAGCGUUUGA